AUGCAUAUCCUUCGAUGGGACAAGCCAUUCAGAUCAAGUGUUCUAUUCUUGUCUCUCAUGAGCAUUAUAUAUUUGGUGCAGUCUUAUUCUAUUGUUCAGAUCAUCUUGUGUACGCUCACUUUGACUACGGUCAUUAACUUUGUUUACGUAUAUGCUGUCAAAUUUUUUCAGAAAAUAUCAAGUAAUACAUCAUUUAAGCACCCCUUUGUAUGUAUUCUGGAUAACGAAAAUCGACCUAUAUUAAACAAGGAGCGUAUCCUGUACUAUGUUUCAUCUUCAGUGGACCUGGCAGAUGCUGUGAUAAGAGUCGUGACCAAGAUCAUACUUGUUGAGAAUCCCAAAAAGAGCGCUUUGUGGCUGAUUAUAUUUUUAACAAGUUGGAAAGUGUCAGGACAAAUCUCAACCUUUGCUAUUCUCAAAGGAAUCAUAAUUUCUGCCUUCAUCACGCCUUGUCUUUAUGCAAGCAAUCAGAAGCUCGUCAAUGCGCGUAUUCAACAGUUACAGGGAAUUAUAAACACAGACAUUAAGAUUGCACAAGAAUAUGCUACUGAAAAAGUAAAAGAAGUGAAGCACACCUGUACAAAAAAAGCAGGCUCCAAGCAAGAAUAA